AUGUUCCAGUCUUUCACUGGCAAUGCCCGUCGCCCAAGGCAGGUGAACCUCAGCGGUCGAUCCAAUAAUCCUUUCGCUGCAUUCCCCGGUGGAUCACCUAGCCGACCAGCCCCUCAUGCGGCGAACCCUGAGAGUGCCGUUGCCAAUGCCCAGCGGGAGCGAGCCCUCAGACAACUUGAAAGAAAUCGCCAAAACGCAUCACGCACCGUACAACGUGUUUGGAGAGGCCACAGAAGCAGAACGGCGACUUACAAAAGCUGGAAGUCGGAAUGGGAUACAUAUGAGUGGAAGAGAGUCAGCCACAAUUUUGGAGUGACCGAUCAUGAGGUCUCCAUGACAGAAAUCGAACGACUGGAAUCCUUAUUACGCCUAUCCCCCGCACCAUAUUCCACAGCGGAGCAAUGUCUUGAUCAGCUCCGGCUCCUAGUUCAAUUUGUGGGAUCUGUGAAGAGACAAGAGGAUGUUCUACGGCUGGUAUAUUUCUGCAGAGUAUUCGAACAGACCUUCCAUGCUCUUCCUACUAUUGCCACGGAGGGCGAAUGGACGGAACUUUUGAAACGGCUCGCAAUCGCAAUACUAAAUGCACUCGAUUCGGCAACGAGUACAUUGACCCAUCGCGCAGCCGUGUUGCCUCUCCUCCAGACGGUGAGCUACCUGGUUGAGUUGAUACCCAAGCGAAUGGCAGCGAUUGGUAAAUACUAUUACCAAGCAAUGGCGAGUCUGACGAAGAACAUUGCGGUCCUUGGUGACAGUCUGUCACCGGAGCAGGUAACCAAGGCUGUGAUUGCUCUGCUUCGGCCUAUUACUUCUGAGACAAUGACGGCUUACGAAGCGUUCGCAAUUUCAUAUUUGACUAUCCCGAACUUGGCUGGCUAUCUUGGUCAGCUUGACAGCUUGGCACAGGAUAUCAACUACAAAGUGUUGGCGUCGGCAAUUGAACCUUUGAUAACUCCAGCUGAUGAAGCCCUCUUAGCCGGAAAUACUGAGGCUCAAUAUUGGCUACUUUCAUACCUGAUCUUCUUCCAUCGCCAUGCUCUCUCAGGUCAGGCUAAUAUCAAAACCCCGGAUCUUGGAUUUUUGACAGCAGUGUCUGGGUUGCUCAACUUGACAUCUUCUCACCUCACCAGGUGUUUGGAAGCAGAGGAGUCAAGUGACGAAGAUUCCCCCAAUGGCCCCGUGCUCCAUUCAUUUGUCAAAGACCAGGUAUCUAGCCUUGUCAAUCAGAGCAGCAUCACAGGGCUGCUUUCGCGUAUCAAAACAACCCACCUUUCGCAGAAAGACUUGUCGAACAGCGAGUCGGACGCUACGAGAGAAGCCAAAAUUCUUGCGACAUAUGCCUUGAAUUUGUUGAGAGUGUUUCCUCGGCGCGGUGAUGACAUUCGCAUGUGGCUGUACAUGGGCUCAGCACCGUCGGGAGAUCAAAUUCCAGGACAACCAGGCAUGAAGAUACCGGCAAUCAAAUACUUCUGGCAGGCAUCUAAGUCCAGUCAGAUCUUCAACAUAAUCAGUAAUGAUUCCACCAAGGUUCUUGCGCUAUUGCAGCCCCCGAAACAUGGCGAAGGGCGUGCCAGUAUCUCGCAAGAGGAUCGAGACCAAGAAUGGACGAUCAUCCUUUUAUUCUUCGAGCUCUACACCUUCUUGCUGAAAGUCAUGGAUGACGAGGAGUUUUUCUCAAGUGCGUCACCAUUCGCAGCUUCAGAUAAUAUCCAGUCCUCGUGGACGAAGGAGAGUGCGCUGCCCCUCAAAGAUAUCCGAGACAUGACAGUGUUCCUCAAGAACCUUGCAUUUACACUAUACUGGAAUCUUGCCGAUUUGACGAGCAAGGGCGAUACUACCACUUCUACCGGAGAUCUGAGGAACUAUUUUACAAACAUAACGCAACCAUCUGUGGUCUCAGAGCGUCAGGAAGCCGAGGCCAAAGAGCAUUCUAACGAUCUCCCUGGCGUGACAGGAAUUCCACUUGACUACUUCAAGGGCUUAGUGACGGGUCUACUUAGAAUGCUACACGAGCGAGAUUCACGUCGGAAAUUCCUUCCUUCGGGCCAUUGGCUCAUGACAGAUCGAUUCGAUAUGGAAGGCUUCAUUCCUGCCGUCGUAGCAGAGGAAGAGAAAAGGCAUGAGUUCCAAGACGACGAGGAUGAUACCGAGACCGAUCUUUUGGACGAUGAGACCCCAGCGGAUUCUCAUCUUGUCGGGAACAGCCAUGCCCGGCAACUGAUUCGCCUUCAAGCUAUGCGCGAUCGGCAACAAAAGGCUGCGCGAGGGAAGGCACUCGCACUCAUUGCGCCAAGGCUAGAGAUCCUUCGCAACAUGCCUUUCUUCAUUCCCUUCGCCACGAGAGUCCAGAUCUUCCGCCAAUUCAUCUUCAGAGAUCAACAACGUCGUCGGAAAGGCUAUGUUGACCCCGAGUCCUGGCGUCUAUCGGUGGCCCAAAGUUCCAUGAUGAAUGGGCCAGUAAAUGGCGCGGAUAUAUUGGCCCGCCACCACGCCGACAUUAGACGUGAGAGUGUAUUUGAUGAUGCCUUUUCUGAGUUCUAUGCGCUAGGCGACGGGUUGAAGGAGCCCAUCCAGAUCAGCUUUAUAGAUCAAUUUGGAGCGAUGGAAGCCGGUAUUGAUGGCGGUGGAGUGACAAAGGAGUUCCUGACCAGCGUGACUUCGCAGGCCUUCAAGACUGAUGACAUGGAGAGUAUGUUUGCAGAAAACGACCAUCAUCUGCUGUAUCCGCACCCUGCAGCAGUUGAUCAGCGCAAAGCGAUACUUCACGAGGCUGGCUUGUCAAACUCAAGCAGUGCGUGGCAGGAGGAAGUGCGUGAUCUCCUUCGACGAUACGAGUUCCUCGGCCGAAUCAUCGGCAAAUGCCUCUACGAAGGGAUUCUGGUUGAUGUCAACUUUGCGCCUUUCUUCCUCUUGAAGUGGGCCCUGACAGGCGGAACUAGGUCAGCAGUGAAAGAGUCUUCUUACCGCGCCAAUCUGAAUGACCUAAAGGAUCUCGACGAGGGGUUGUACCAGGGCCUGGUGAGUUAUGAAACCCGAAGGAUCUUUUCAUUCCAUGCUGUAGAACAUAAAACUCACUGA